CCAGCCUGCAGGCUUUCAGACUGGGCCCAGGCUGGGCUGUGGGUGAGAGGGCGCAGUGCUCAGCCUGGCAGUCGAUCUCCCCGUGGCAUGGCAUUCAGGGGGCCUGAACCCUGGGUCUUGGCAUCCCUGCUGAGCCGGAGACUGAAGGCGGAGGAGAAGACCCUGGAUCUAGAGUUCGAAGUUUUGAGCGUGGGGUUUAAUGAGGGGGGUAGAUAUGCCCUAAGACUGUCAGCUGAGAACCCCUUGCAGGCAGGCUCUGGGGCUGGGGUGCAGUUGCAAGUGAAUGAUGGUGAUCCCCUCCGUGCCUGCUCUGUUGUCACUGAUGUCAUUGAGCAGCAGGAACCUGGCCAGAGCCUCACCCUCACCAGGAACAAGUUUAUCUUUACUCUGCCCAAAGGUUUCUGCAAGAAUGACGGGCAGCAUGACGCUCAGCUGCGCGUGGAGGCACUGAGGCUGGACGAACCCUCAGGACGGACGACCCAGCGGGUGGGUGAGGCCAUCUUCCCCAUCUACCCGAGGCCGGACCAACCCCGCAUGAACCCUGAGGCUCGGGACCACGAGGACCUGUACCGCUACUGUGGCAACCUGGCUCUGCUCCGGGCCAGUGCGGACCCCACAGCCCGCCACUGUGGGGGCCUGGCCUACAGUGUGGCCUUCCACGUGCACCGGGACCCUCAGCCCCCAAUCUCAGACAGCACUCCGGGGGCUGGCCAGCCAGAACUGAUGUCACCAUGCCCAGAGCCCCAGCUCCCCAGGCUGCAGAUUUUGCGGAAGGCCCCAAGUGACCAGGGAACACAAAUCUCCUCUGUGUGCCCAUCCUCAAGCCCAUCCAGCAUCCACCCUGCCCAGGAGGGGCUCGGCCCCAACCCAGGACCCAGAACUUCUGAUGGUCACUGAUGAUGGUCACAGCGGGGCAGUGGAGCAGGGGCUGGAGAGCAGGGAGCAUAGGAAUGCAAUGAUCAAGAUGAUCUGGAAUGAGGAGGGAGCAGAAGGCAAGGCUCGGAGUGAGACCAGGGUCAGGGCUCCGUGCAGACUUCCACAACUGUCUUUGUAUCAGAAUCACUUUGCUUCUCAGCCAUGGCCCAUGGGUCACACAGCCCUCAAUGGCCAUGCCGAUGCUGGUCACAGCAUUCCCUAGUCCUGCAGACUCGGACACUAAAACAAUCAAUUCCCCUGAGCAAUAAAAUUACGGACAGUGAACAUGUUUCC